UAACAGCUCGUGAUAAAUUAAAUAUCUGUUUUGAUUUUCUUAAGAGGAUUUGCAAUAAUUUUUUUUUACAUUUUUCAUAAAAAUUGCUCGGCAUAUAGAAGUGUGCUAGUUUUAGUGCAGCAGUCUCCCAUGUAGGGGUGCGAUAACUUCUCAGCCCAUCAUACCUCAUUUCGGGAUAAUAUCCUGAUCGGUUUGGAUAACAGCAAGUUGACCAAAAUAAUGGAUAACCGCAAAUAUCCUUUUGCAACCAGCAAAAUCAAUUCAUAUUGUGUUUUCUCUUUCUUUUUCCCAUAUUCCCAGCAUGAAAAAUCGAGUCCUAAAUUCUUUUUCACCUUUUCAAAAAUAUUUUUGUAGCGAAUACAUUUUUUUAAUUUAACUUUUUCCUUGAAAUACAUAAAAUUUGAACAAAUCUAUUUAUAUUCACAUUAUAAAAAUAAUUUCAUUUUAUCAUCUAAGUAAAACUACUUUUUCUUAAUUCGUUUUUAAAAUAUUAUUAAAAUACAAAACAAUUCUUUCAACAUUAUUUUUUGAAAGAACUAAUUCUACCCAAAUUAAACCAAACAAAUCCUAACAUAGGUAUCUCAUUUGUAGGUGAGAAUCUCACAGCAAAACUAGCAAAUUGAUCAAUCUGACCAUUGUCAGGACUUCUAACUAGUUCAGGAACAAAAGCCUUUACCCUUCCCUAGGACCAUUAGCCCUUUUAGGAUUCCCAUCCCUAGACUCUCACCACCACCACUCGUCAAAGGGUAAAAGUAACAUUUUUCCCGCCAAAAAAUCCUUCAUUCUCUCAGUUCUCACCCUUACCCUCCCCUAUAUUACUCUCUUUCUUUCUACUGCUACUUGUUCCACUACCUGCACAAAGAGGAAAAGAAACAGAAGCAAGUAAAAGGCUAUAGUAGUCCACGCUCCACACUAAAAACUCCAAAAAGAAAAUGAAGGGAACAUCCAAAGUGAUCAUGGGAGCAACCUUGGUAAUGGUGGUAACCCUUGCCGUUGUUCUAGGCCUCAUUCUAGUGCUCCUAGCUGAACUCUACUGUUCUCUCUUACUCCGCCGCCGCCAGCUCAAAAAAACCAACUCCAACACCAUCCCCAUCUCCACCACUCCAACCACCACAACCAUACCCAAUGCUUCCCCUUCACAUGCACCACACUCACAACACUCUCCUCCGCCACCCUUCAGCAACAUUUAUUCACAAGGGGUCCUCCAAGCCCCAACAAGUUUCCUUUUCCCUUUCAGAGAUGACAUGCUUGAACCAAUGAAGCAUCGUAAACAAGAACCAAAAGCAUCCCCACUAUCAUCCUUCUUGGCCAGAGCACCCCAAUUACAAGAAGUUCAAGAGACAAGUCAAGGUGGUGCCAGUGGCAGUGAAGUUCUGUGUGUUGAUAAGUCUUGUUGUGGUGGGGAGCACCUUGUGUACAUUUCCAACCCCAUUUAUGAAAACGAAGAAGGGAAAGAAAGUGUGGCGAACACCCCAUUUGAGACACCAAACACUUCACCCUCUCUUUCGGAAAAAAGUGGUUCUUCUGUGGAGGAUGAUGAUCAUGAUGCUUCUGCUAAGGCAUCCCCUUGUGGUGGUGCUCAUAGUCAUUCAUCACCUCCUUUUACACCUCCUUUGACCCCAAUAAAGAAGCUUCCUGCUGAGGCUUGUUCUGUUUCUCUUAGAGAUGCCACUUCCUUGGGUACUUCAGGCAGUGAUUCUCGUAGCAUCAGUGCUCCCUCUUCCUCUUCCUCCGGUUCCCCCUGUACUUCUCCUUCAUGGUGAUUGUGGUUCUUCGAUGGACUAGUUAGUGCAUGCUUGGUUCAGUUUCCUUUAGAAAAAUAAUCACUUUUUCAGUUCAUUUUAAAAACAAGAGAUUAUUUCUCUAAAUUUAAGCUGAACCAAAUUUGUAGUUAGACUACAAAGCUUUUGUUUUGUUUUAUUUUUAUUUUCAUUUUCAUGUAUUUGUUUUGUUAUGCAGUAGUUGUGUGACAUGUGAAUAAUAUUAUGAUUGAGUAUAAGUAUCCACUGUGAGAAACUUUUAUU